AAAGAUAAACCCGGAAGUGAAACUUCCAAAUAAGAAAUAAAUAUGAUUUGCAAAUUAAUGUAAAAGAAUAUGGAUAAGAAAUAUAAAAGCGACCCUUAUGAUACAAGCCAAAGAAACCCACAAAGACUAAGACAAACAACUGCAAGUAUGGAUUCCAUAAGUAACUCCGUUUCAGAACAAUCAGCCUCAUUUCCCAUGAACGACUCGUCGAGUGAAAAAGAUACUGGAUCGCCUUCAAAGUCGCUUUGCUCCUCUGCUUCCUCGUCAUCAGAAAAUGUUCAAGCACACGAAAUGAGAGUCUUCAAAGAAAACUUAAAGCAUAACAGCCAGUCUGAUGAACCCCCUAUGUUGGAUGGAGAAAAACAACAGGAAUCAACAUGGAGAGAGGUGACCUACCUAUGUCCUUAUAGUGACUUCAUCAAAGGAAAUUUAACCAUCACCAAUUACAAGCUUUACUUUAAGAGCACAGAUAGGGAACCUCCAUUUACACUUGAUGUACCCCUUGGUGUAAUCAGCCGUGUAGAAAAGAUAGGGGGCGUUUCCAGCAGGGGAGAAAACUCCUACUGUAUUGAUCUAACAUGUAAAGAUAUGAGGAAUUUGAGGUUUGCGCACAGACAGGAGAAUCAUUCAAGACGUCUCGUCUAUGAGAAAAUACUUCAGUUUGCUUUCCCAUUAAGUAAUAAACAGCAACUUUUUGCCUUUGAUUUUAAAGAGGAUUAUGGAAUAAAUGGAUGGACAGUGUAUGACCACGAGGCAGAAUUUAAGAGACAGGGCGUACCCAAUGAUAACUGGAGAAUCAGCCGGAUGAACGAGAAGUACGAUGUAAUAGACACAUAUCCUAGUCUGAUGGCAGUUCCAAAGCAAGCUUCUGAUGAUUUUUUGAAGCAAGUGGCAACAUUUAGAUCUCGCGGCAGGAUGCCGGUAUUAUCAUGGAUUCAUCCCAAAAGUCAGGCAACAAUCACCCGUUCUAGUCAGCCAUUGAUUGGCGUGGCUGGUAAGCGAAACAAGGACGACGAGAUGUACGUACAGAUGAUUAUGGAUGCCAACGCCCACUCAAAUAAACUGUAUAUCAUGGACGCGAGACCCAGUAUGAAUGCAGUCGCUAAUAAGGCAAGAGGCGGUGGUUUUGAGAGUGAAGAUGCAUACACAGGGGCAGAAGUUGUCUUCCUUGAUAUUCACAAUAUACAUGUGAUGAGAGAAAGUUUAAGAAAGUUGAAAGAUGUAGUGUUCCCAACUAUAGAUGAUUCAAAGUGGUUAAGUAACAUAGAAUCAACACAUUGGUUAGAUCAUAUCAAGCAAAUCCUGGCAGGAGCUGUGAAAGUGGCUGACAAAGUUGAGAACAAUAAGACGUCCGUGUUGGUACACUGUAGCGAUGGCUGGGAUCGUACCGCACAACUGACAGCACUGUCCAUGAUCAUGUUAGAUCCUUACUACAGGACCAUCAAAGGGUUUGAGGUCCUUCUUGAGAAAGAAUGGCUUAGCUUUGGACACAAGUUUGCUCAGAGGGUUGGACAUGGUGAAGACAAACAUUCUGAUGCUGAUAGAUCUCCAGUCUUCCUACAGUUUAUUGACUGUGUUUGGCAAAUGACAAAACAGUUUCCAAAUGCAUUUGAGUUUAAUGAGCACUUCCUGAUUACAAUCUUGGACAAUCUGUAUAAUUGUUUGUUUGGAACUUUCCUGUGUAACUCCGAGGCGCAGAGAUUUAAAGAAUUGAAGGUAAAGGAGAACACACAGUCUCUAUGGUCAUUUGUUAACUGUCAGAUUGACGAGUUCAUGAACCCUUUGUAUGCAGAAUAUCUACAUAAACAUGUGCUGUUCCCAGUAGCCAGUCUACGACGUAUCGAGAUCUGGACUGGUUACUACUGUAGAUGGAAUCCCAGAAUGAGACCUCAGGAACCAAUACAUCUCAGAAAUCGUGAACUUCUAGUAUUACGGGCCCAACUACAACAGAAAGUAGAAGAAUUACAAAAAGAACUUGAGAUAAAGAACUCUCGUGGAAUUUUACAGAGUUCCCCGCCCAGAAUGUCCUCUCCAGUGAACGUUUAGUAGUAUUUUAUAGGUUCAUACAGACAAUUAGUAUACAAAUGAUGAAGAGGGCCAGUUUCCUAAAACAGAACAAUUUCACAUAUGGAGCAAAAUAUGAAUUCAGCAUGAAAAGUCUAAAUGUCAUUCAUUGGAGGAUAUAUUCAGAGCUACAAAAAUAAAACAUUUAUUGAAAGGACUUGCUAAAAACUGAAAAUUUAGCAAAAAUUUUGUCAAUUUUGUUCCCCAAAUUUUAUCAUCUUUAUGUGUCAAUUUAGUAUUUAGAAUAAGUCAAAUUCGUUUUUACUAAUAAUAACUUGCAGAUAAUUGUUUUCUGAUAAUAUGAUAUGCAUAAGUCUGUGACCAUGAACUAUUGUGGUCUUGACUUUAAAUUUGUGAAUUGUCUAUUUCUGAAAAAAAAUGCAAAUAAUGUAAUGCAAAAAUAAUCUUGGAGGAGACAAAAAUAAUAUUUUGUUAGAUCUUAACUUUGUGGAUUGACAAAAAAUAAUCUGGUAGGGAAAAAAUAAUUAUUAUUUUUUAUGUAUGACUGGAUACUAACAAGGACUUCAAAUUUAGGAAGCACUUGAGUGUUUUAGUUUCAAAACAUUUCUUUGAAUUUGUCAGUAUUGACAGAUGGUCAUCAGAAACAUGGCGUGAUAUGAGUGAGAAAAUUUACAUUGUUCAUUUCGGACAGUGGCUUUAAUCAUGGCUUAUACAGUCGGGAGAUGUUUUCUGACAAUGUGACAUUCUCAUAUUGAAGGAUUUUAUUAUCAGUUAUAAAACUCUUCUAGUGAAAGAUAUUUUGAGACAUGAGCUUCCUUCAUAACACAUGUGACAAAAUCAGUAUUUCUGACAUUUGUGCACUAUUGGUCAAACUAUGACCUUUGUGCACUAUUGGCCGAGCUAUGAUCUUUGUGACCCGUUCUGCAUUGUUGUCAGCAGUGGUGCUGUAAAGGUUUAAAAAGAUGCAAUAUACAGUGAACGUUUGUUUAAAUGUUAUUAUAGUAUAAUUUAUAUGUAGUCAGUUUGUUAAAUAAACAAAACCACACAAAAAAAUGUAAAAUUAGCAAUGGCAAUAGGCCCUUACAUUUGUAUUUAUUUAUAUUUUUGUGCCUAAUGAGGGUCCAACACCACUAAAAGGUAAAUGGCACUUAAAAAGAGUACAGACCCCUAAAUUUUGCAUAAUUGUGUUGCUAAUCUUUAUUUUCAUCCUUGUUAAUGAAAUACAUGUGGAGACUGUUGUAAGUCCUUUUUAGCUCGACUAUUCGAUAAGAAUAAGUAGAGCUAUUGCAGUCACCCGAGCGUCGGCGUCGGCGUAACCACUUAUGUUAAAGUUUUUGUAAUAGUUCAAAUAUUUUCAAAGUCCAUAGACAUAUGGCUUUGAAACUUUGCACACUUGUUCACCAUCAUGACCCCAACCUGUAGACAGGAGGAGGUAACUCUAUCAAGCAUUUUGACAGAAUUAUGCCCCUUUUUCGACUUAGAAUUUACGUUAAAGUUUUUGUAAUAGUUCAAAUAUUUUCAAAGUCCAUUGACAUAUGGCUUUGAAACUUUGCACACUUGUUCACCAUCAUGACCCCAACCUGUAGACAAGAGGAGGUAACUCUAUCAAGCAUUUUGACAGAAUUAUGCCCCUUUUUCGACUUA